ACGUCUUAAGAUGGCUGGUAAAGACGAAGCGCUUAGUUCAAAAAUUGUAAUUGAGCAUUCACAUGUUGGCGAAAUUUCAUCAAGUUUAGGGGAAAAAAUCAAAUUUGAUGACUUCUAGAGAGAGGAAUGUUUCAUAAAGCAUCAGAAAAUAUAUUCAAGGACGAUGCUUUACCAAGGGCAUACUACAUACCGUCAUUGGAAAAAGAACUUUCACGAAGUGCAAAGAAGACAUGUUUGAGUCCACUGUGUUGCACAAGUGAAGAAAUUACUAAAGAAAAUUCAAAAUAUAGCGAGCAAUUUUUGCAUGAGUCAAAUAAAAUAGAAAUCCCAACUAGAGAAGAUGGCACAGCACCAGAGCAAGAGCUUUCAUCUGGUUCAAAAUUUGAUGAAACCUGGCCCAGCACGGAAAGAAAUGUGUCAGACUUGUCUCAAACUACACCACAGUCACUUUCAAGUUUGCCUUUGCAAAAAAAGGCAGAAGAAAAACAUGCAGCCUUCUCUAGUCAUGCCGUUACCACAGAUUGUUCAUCAAAACAUUCUACCUUGUCAAAAUUUGUUGAAAGAUUUCGGCAUGGUGCACCAACCAGCCGGAAAGAUCGGUAUCUCCCAAAAUCUCAUGGAGAGUUUUGGUGGUUGUCGCCACCCAGUAGUACUUCAACUCCAAAAGAAACCUCAGAUGCAUGCACAAUAAAUUUCAGUGGUCGCAGUGGUGAUAGUUAUCAAGAUUCAUCAUCAACUUCACCACCUGUGCAGGCGUAUGUUUAUCACCGUGAUCAUAUUCUUCCUCCGGCCAAAGGCGUUGCAAAAAAUACCAAGUCCACGAAUCUGAGUGCUCGUACCAACCGUUCAAUCGAAAAAAGCGAAGAUACAAAACCCUCUUUUAAAUCCGUUCCCAAACUCUCAUCAAAGUGGAUGGUAGAUAGAGACAAAGUAAUAGAAGAAGCCAGUCAAUCAAGAAAACCUAAAGGAAUGUCUCAUCUUGCUCCCGAAGAUGAUAUUCUUUAUCAAUGGAGGCUAUCGAGGAGACUUGAAAAGGCCAAGCAAUUAGUGAAGGGCUUUCACGCACGCAAAUUUGAAGAUUAUUCAAGUCGGGUGGCCAAUGACUGUUUGUCAUUGCAGAAGCAUCAUUCAUUUAGUGGAAAUAAUGUAAAACAGAAUAGUGAAAUGAUCAUUCCAAAUAGUGCUAAUUGUCACGUUCAUGAUGAAAGUCGCCCCCAAGAUCAGACAUUUCUCACUCACAAUCAAAUAAUGGCAAGGAAAAAUAAUGUAUCAUGGAGUCAAGGGAAUGAAAGUAAACGUCGAUGUGUUGACGCUGAACAUGACCCUCUCGAAAAAAAUGUACCUGCCGUUUGUUUCAUUGACAAGGAAAACAUUCCCUCUCAUGUUCACAUGCUAUGUGAUGUUAUGCCUUGUGUGAAAGAAAAUUGUGCUGUUGAUCGCGCUUAUCUUACAAAAGAAACUCAAACAGAAAUCUUUGAUAAAGAAGAUGGUGACUUGCAUGCUUCUUCACUGAAUAUUGGUAAACGAGGUGAAAAUAAUUUGCAAAGCUCAGAAAAUAUUGUAUGCGUGCAAAAUAGUGCAGUUUCGAAAUUAAAAGACUUGAAUGAGGAAAAAAAGGUUGCUCAGCCAGUUCAUCCUGAUGACAAAUUGAGACCAGCAAUACCUUUGGAGUGCACGUCGCGUGGAACGCACGAAACAGACAUGGCUAGCUCAGCCAGCAAUACCUUUGGAGUGCACGUCGCGUGGAACUCACAAGACAGACAGGCUAGCUCAGAAAGAGUGGAAAUGAAUGGUUUGUCCAAUGUAAAAAAUAAAUCAUAUGAGAAUCAAACGUUGUGUAAAAAAGAUCUCGAAAAUGUUCCUAACAAAAAGGCAGAUGUUAACUUAAGAAAUGACGAGCUUGUCAAUCACAGAAAUGAAGAGCAUGCCACUGUGAACUGUGACGAGAAGAGUAAUCGUAAUACCUGCAUUAAAGAAAAGGACAGUGGUCGCUACUCUCUGCCACAAACAUCGGUGCAAUCGUCAACUACUGACACUGCGUUACAAUCAGAAAAUGAUGGCGUCAUUGGAACAAUAAUCGGCCAGGUAAUCUCGGAGCGUCUCUUUUCUUCUCUGUCGUCUUCACAGCGAAGUGAUUGCAGCACAAUAGAGGAGUGUAACAAUGACGUUCACGAGAAAGUCACUGUAGAAACAAGGGAAGUCCUGUUUCCAGAUGAUGAUAUUUUGAUACAGCUUCGUCAGCAAGCGAAGUUUUAUGAAACACAUUUAAAGAAUAUUGACGCCAUUCUUGCAGAAUUAACUGAUUGAAUAUCUAGAAGCUGGAAUGACUAGGCGCGUAUUUGGUCGAAAACAAAAAUUUAUCCUCGUGGGAUUUUUUUGGGCCCAGAAGUAGGCGACUCUGCACCUGAUGUGACGUAAUAAGGAGAAAACAUCACAUGCAUUGAAGGUAUAGCUUCAUAAUACAGGUUUAAAGUAAAGUAUAAAGCUACUAUAAGAAAUCUUAAAAACCCGCUUGUGUUUUGAGCGAGUAAUCAAAGAAAAAAUGUGUAAAACAUAAAUGUUCGGACGCUAUUUCUCACUAAAAUUCAAUAUUAUCAUACGGUGUUUAUGCUUCA